AAAAAAAAAAAAAGAAAAUAUUAUUUUAGUAGAAUAGUUUUGUAUGUUUUACAUAUAAGAAGCUACUACUACUACUAUUAUUAUUAUUAUUACUAUAAUUAUAACGGGGAAAAAAAUCUUUUUCUUUCUUCUAUUUAUCGAAUUUGAGCUUUUCAUUUUGUGCAAUAAUAACAUUAUUUUGUAGCUUGAGCCUUUUUCUUUUCUUUAAGGAGAGGGAGGGGGCCUAUUUCUAUUUCUUUCACUUUAAUGAAGCGAUUCGAAACAACAGCUAAUAAUGAGCCUGGCAAAGGUAUCUUGAUUUGUACAUGUUACCACCAACAAUCUAAAUUCGAAAGAAUUCACGCACAAUAUCCAUUGAAAUUUAUACCUACACAAGGUCAUGCGGAUCGACUUGCAGUUGUUUACAUGUUAAGUUAUGGUGGUGGCAUUGUCAGUGGAGAUACGUUUCAUAUUGACAUGACUAUUAAAGAAAAUGCCAUUCUGUUACUUAUGACUCAGGGGAAUACAAAAGUGUUCAAAGAUCGACAUCACCACCAUCUUUGGCUUGCAUCCAUCAAUAAUUCACAACAAACGCUUCCAAUUAGAGAUGACUCAAACUCUACGUCUAGUAAUACUAAAUCAACAUCUAUUCAAAUCAUCAAUUCCGUUGUUGCAAGUCAAGCUACUUUACUUGUCUUGCCUGACCCUGUUACUUGUUUUCGAGAUUCAUCCUUUCAGUCACGUCAAGUCUUUCAUCUCGCUGAUGAACACUCUCAGCUCGUUCUGUUGGAUUGGUUUACAAGUGGUCGAAUGAAACGAGGAGAAAAUUGGUCAUUUCGUCAUUAUUCAAGUCGAAUUGAAGUGCGAGUAGCUGAUAAGCUAGUUGUCAAGGAUGCUAUGGUUCUAGAAGAUGAAGAAUAUAUGAAAACAUGCAAUGAUGAUGAUGAUGAAACGGCCUAUGCAAGUCGACUAAAACCCUAUUUAUGUUUUGCAACACUCAUCAUGAUUGCUAGCCAUCAACAAAGUACGUUGAUGCGUUCGGUAGAGAAUGUGCAGAGGAAAGCGCAAGAGAUGCGUUUAAUGCCACUUGCUUUAAAAUCGGAAAAGGAUCGUGAACUGUUAUGGUCAGUGAAUCCUAUUUUGAAGGGGAAAGGAGUUUUAGUGCGUAUAGCGGGUAUGACAACAGAAUCAGUAAGGGAUUUUGUAAAAUACCAAUGUCUUGGUCAGGGAUUUGAAUCGAUUGUUGGUGAAGGCAUGUUUCAAAAAGUGUUAAUGUAGUUUUAUUAUUCAUAUUUAUUUAUCUGAUAAGUUGAUACAGAUAAUAUAUCCAAUAAAAUAUACUCAAUUCUAUAGACAUGUUUAUUUUUUUUUCCUUUUAUUUCUUUUCUU